AAUGGUUGGUAGCCUUUUUUUCACAACCAGUUUACCUCAACACCCUGUACUCUACUUGAACCCAAAAGACCCUUUUCAAUUCUAAAAGCAAAUUUCACUGUUUCAUACGUUAGCAACAAAUUGGGAGCUUUGAUUUUUUUAAUCAAAUGGUUCACUUUCUGGGCACAUUUCGCCCUUCUCCGACUCUGUCAUGUUUUGCUCAUUACAGGCACCAAAUCUCACUCAAAAGCUCUCAACUUUCAGUUCCCAGAAAUGGGUUCUCUCCCUUUAGACGAAUUUUUCAGGCUUCUCUUCAAUCUAAUUCUACAAAUGGGGAUGCUGGAUUGCAAUUACCUGCUGACCAAUCUGAAAUCAUAUUUAUGGGGACAGGAACCAGUGAAGGGAUUCCACGUGUGAGCUGCCUGACAAAUCCUUUAAAGACAUGUCCGGUAUGCUCAAAAGCUGUGGAACCGGGUAAUAAAAAUAGAAGACUUAACACAAGCAUCCUUAUUCGUUAUGCUGGGGCCUCUGGAAGUAGUAACAUUCUCAUAGAUGCUGGAAAGUUUUUCUAUCACAGUGCUCUCCGAUGGUUUCCUGCCUUUGGGAUAAGAACAAUUGACGCAGUUAUUAUUACCCAUUCUCAUGCUGAUGCAAUUGGAGGUCUUGACGAUCUUCGUGACUGGACGAACAAUGUCCAGCCCAGCAUUCCAAUUUAUGUGGCCCAACGAGAUUUUGAGGUGAUGAAAAAGACACAUUAUUACAUAGUGGAUACAAGUGUCAUUUUACCUGGUGCUGCAGUUUCAGAGUUGCAAUUCAACAUCAUGCAGGAGGAGCCAUUUGUUGUACGUGAUUUAAAGAUUACCCCUUUACCAGUAUGGCAUGGUCAUGGUUAUCGUUCCCUAGGUUUUCGUUUCGGUAAUAUUUGUUACAUUAGUGAUGUUAGCGAGAUACCUGAAGAAACUUAUCCACUUCUGAAGGACUGUGAAAUCCUGAUUCUGGAUGCUUUAAGGCCAGAUCGGUCUUCUUCGACUCAUUUUGGUCUUCCAAGGGCUUUGGAGGAGGUACGGAAAAUCCAACCAAAGAGAACACUUUUCACUGGUAUGAUGCAUCUGAUGGAUCAUGAAAAAGUGAAUGAUUAUCUUAUGAAACUGAAGGAGACAGAGGGUCUUGAUAUGCAACUAAGCUAUGACGGACUUCGUGUACCAGUAAUGCUCUAGCUUCUAGCCUGUGUCUAACCUUUUGAUAUCCUGUACUUUUAUGUGACCAUUCUUUCUUAAUAAAAGCAAUUAGAUCAUAGAUAUGAACUUCAAAUGUCAGUUGGUGUCUCAAGAGAUCAGUUUAUAUGAAUUUUGUUCUGGAA